GAAGCCAGGGUCUCCACCAUUUACUUUUCUUCAACGGAGGCGGCAGGAGGAAGGAGCUUAUGUAGAAGUCAGUCUUCGGCAGAUAACCUGAAACACAGAAAAUAUUCAAAACACCAGACGCGUCCCUUCUUCGACAUGGCCUACUAAGAUCUUAAACUUUUUAUUUCCUCUCUUCUUCUCCUAUUGCGUUCACUACCUUACCUCUCCUUCAUCUAAUCUUUUGCUUUUCCGUGGUGUUUGUUGCGUUGCUUCGUCUUUUCGACCGUACUGGAUUUGAUUGUGCGUCUUCUUUGCAUUGAUGUACUGGUUCAAUUUUGUCUAAGUUCUCACAGUGUCUUCAUUCGGAGAAUUGGUCGGAGAAUAUCAUACAGUUAUGGGUUGCUUUUCUUUCGUAUUCCAUAAGAGGCCAGCCUCAUCAAUGAACGAUUCUUUUGAUUGUAAUGAAGAAAUUUCAGGAAUUAGCAAUGUUAAAAUAUACACAUACAAAGAGUUAAAAACUGCCACCAAUGAUUUUAGUCCCACCAAUAAAAUUGGGGAGGGAGGCUUCGGUUUUGUUUACAAGGGAUGUCUCAAAGAUGGGAAAAUUGCAGCCAUAAAAGUUCUAGCAGCUGAAUCAAGACAGGGAGUCAAGGAAUUUUUGACAGAGAUUAAUGUGAUCUCAGAAAUAGAGCAUGAAAAUUUAGUAAAACUUUUUGGGUGUUGUGUGGAAGGCCAUCAUAGAAUCCUGGUCUACAACUACCUUGAGAAUAAUAGCCUUGCUCAGACUCUUCUUGGUGCAGGUCACAGUGGUAUACAGUUUGAUUGGCGCACUCGGUCUAGGAUUUGUGUUGGGGUUGCAUGUGGGCUCGCCUUCCUUCACGAGGAAGUACGGCCACACAUUAUUCAUAGAGACAUAAAAGCAAGCAAUAUUCUGCUUGAUAAAGACUUAACUGCCAAAAUUUCAGAUUUUGGUCUUGCAAAGCUUAUCCCAGCAGACAUGACUCAUGUUAGCACUCGAGUGGCUGGAACAAUAGGUUAUCUGGCUCCAGAGUAUGCAAUCAGGGGCCAAUUGACACGGAAAGCAGAUAUUUACAGUUUUGGGGUCCUCCUUAUGGAAAUAGUUAGUGGAAGAUGUAACACAAAUACACGGUUGCCAAUUGAUCAGCAGUAUCUUCUUGAGCGGACAUGGGAUCUGUACGAGAGAAAGGAGCUUGUGGAGCUGGUCGACACAUCUUUGAAUGGAGAUUUUGAUGCUGAAGAGGCUUGUAGAUUCCUAAAAAUUGGUCUUCUGUGCACCCAAGAUUCUCCAAAACUUCGACCAUCUAUGUCAAGUGUUGUCAAGAUGCUGAGAGGCAAGAAGGACAUUGACGAUGAAAAGAUCACAAAGCCAGGGUUACUAUCUGAUUUUAUGGACCUCAAAGUGCGAAAUGGACAAAAACCGGCUGAAACAAAGACUACAUCUUCCUAUAACAUGUCAUCUGGGUCAGACAACCUGGACAAUUCGUCUUCAGGAACCUCAGCCUGGCAAACUAUGAGUUCUGCAACUGCAAUAUAUGAUAGGAGCAUUUUAAACAGCAAGGUAAAAGAAUUAAGUCCAUCUAAUUUAUUUUUAUUCUACUCUAGUUUUGGGUUUUGGAGCUUCCUAUUUGUGUAAAUUGUAUGAGUUCCUUUCAACAUUUACCCCUGUCAAUUAGGCAGGAGAACUCUUUGUAAAUGGUUUUGGUUUAGUGAAGAGAGUUUUUGCAGUUUUGAUCUCUUUGUUCCGGCAAA